AGGAGGAUUGGCGGGAGUACCAGGUGAACCCAGAACCCGGGCCCACAUUGGAGCCGGCAUAACUGAGUCUAGUGUGAUCUUUGGCCUGUAGUAGAGAAGCCCAGGUCGCCUAUCCUCCCAGGAGACCCCUUAGCAGCCUGGCCUUGGAAUGGCUGGAUCAGGUUCAUGCACUGAUUCAUCCAGCUAAAUUUUGUGGAAAUCCAGGGCUGAGAUGACCUCCAUCUUGCGGAGUCCCCAGGCUCUGCAGCUCACGCUAGCCCUGAUCAAGCCUGAUGCAGUUGCCCACCCACUGAUCCUGGAGGCUGUUCAUCAGCAGAUUCUGAACAACAAGUUCCUCAUUGUACGAACAAGAGAACUACAGUGGAAGCCAGAGGACUGCCGGAGGUUUUACCGAGAACAUGAGGGGCGUUUUUUCUAUCAGCGGCUGGUGGAGUUCAUGACAAGUGGGCCAAUCCGAGCCUACAUCCUUGCCCACAAAGAUGCCAUCCAACUUUGGAGGACACUGAUGGGACCCACCAGAGUAUUUCGAGCACGCCAUAUAGCCCCGGACUCAAUUCGUGGGAGUUUGGGUCUCACUGACACCCGAAACACUACCCACGGCUCAGACUCCGUGGUUUCCGCCAGCAGAGAGAUUGCAGCCUUCUUCCCUGACUUCAGUGAACAGCGCUGGUAUGAAAAGGAGGAACCCCAGCUGCGCUGUGGUCCUGUGCACUACAGUCCAGAGGAAGGCAUCCACUGUGCAGCUGAAACAGGAGGCCCCAAACCAGCCUGGUAAAGUCCUGUCAGUCCCUCAGGACUGCUCGCAGUGUUCAGCCUCUCCUCCUCAGGACUGCUCGCAGUGUUCAGCCUCUCCUCCUAGGGCCAGGAAAGGUGGUCUGAAGGCACUGUCCCUGUUGGACCCCACCACGCUCUGGAAGGUCUAGCCCACCACAGCUCAGCUGCUGCAGUCCAGCUCUAUCUACCUCUUCUGUGGAGUAUUCAUGGGUGUUCAGGAAGGACGGUGACACCUCUCUUUACAAAGGUCUGUCCUCCUUCCUCAAGAAAGAGCCUGCCUGUUGACUAGUCAGGAAAAUGCAGUGCCUAUGUAACCAGCAUCCGACCUGGCUUUCUUAAUAAACUCUGUGCUACCGAA